ACUCAGUUUCUCUUCCCUAGCGGUUUGAAACGCAAAAGAAUCCGCUCUUCUCGAGUUUCAAAUCCCCCUUUCCUCUCUAGAAAUUUCUAUCUUAAUAUCUCUUUUUGUAAAAAUCCAACAGAAACUUCUUUUUUAUAAUCAUGGUGUGCGAUAGUGAAUCAAAGAGAAGCACAGAGACUAUUAAGUUUCUCUGUAGUUACAGUGGUAAGAUUCUUCCUCGCUCCAUUGACGGAAAGCUCCGUUACGUUGGUGGUCUCACCAGAGUUCUCGCUGUCGAUCGUUCUAUAUCCUUUGCAGAGCUUAUGGUUAAGCUUGGAGAAUUUUGUGGAAAUUCCGUCGAAUUAAGGUGUCAGCUGCCGAAUGGAGAUUUGGAGACUUUAGUUUCUAUAAAAUCCGAUGAGGAAUUGGCUUUUCUCAUUGAGGAAUAUCAUCGGCGAUGUCCUGGUUCGAAGAUUAGAGCCAUUCUCUCUCCUCCAAAGUCGCUCAAAACAAUUUCACCUCCUCCGUCUAAUCGCUCCAGUUUCGAUCUCUCUCCAACCAAAUCCCAUAUAAAUGUCUUCGAUUAUCGCGGAUCCGGAAGUCAGUCGCCGCCGUUUGGAUCUCAUCUUGUUGCUUAUAGAGACUCCGGCGGAGUCCGUUACUAUCCAUCUCACGGACACCGUGACACUCGCUGCCUCAAAAACUGCCAAUGAUCUUCUUAAGAAACUCCAAACAUGGAAUUGGAAAACUAGCUUAUACAAAUUAAGAAAAUAGAUAAUGACGAACAAAAAAAAAAAAAAAAACAGUUAAAAAACGAAAAAGCGAAUGAUAGUAGAAGUUUUGAUGUGUGAUUGGAUUGUAAAUUUUGAGAAAGAAUUUUUUUUGAUUGCUUGAAUUUCUUGUUCCAUGAGAUGGUUGCUUGUUCCGGCUAAUGAAUGAUUUGCCGUAACGUUUUCGAUAACGGACGCUAAUGCAAGCAGGAUUAAGUUGAUACA